AUGGAGCAGGAGGUGCGGGCGCUGUUCGCGGCGGGCGGCUUCGGGCGGGCCCGGCUCCUGCUGGCCGCCGUCUCGUGGCUGCCGGGCGUGGCGCUGGGGCUGGUGGUGAGCUUGGAGCUCCUGCUCACAGCGCGACCGGCGCACCAUUGCUGGCCGGAUCCUGCGCUGCUGCCUCCCGCGCUGCGCGCCCUAGACGGGCCCGCGCUGCUCCGGGCGAGCGUGCCGCGCAUCGGGCCGGCGCGCGCCUGCAGCCUCUGCCUGCUGCUGCGCUACCCGGAGCCCGGCGCCCCGAGCCCAAGCGCGGCGCCCGCGCCCAACGGCACGCACCCAGGUGCGCCCUGGGACCUGGUGUGUGAAAAUGGCUGGAAGGUGCCUCUGGAGCAGACGGGCCACCUGCUGGGCUGGCUACUGGGCUCUGUCCUCCUGGGCACGGGCUGUGACCUGUUUGGCCGCUGGGCUGUGUUUAUGGGCUCAGUGGUGCGCACAGUCCUGGGUGCCAGCGAGGCCCUGGCCACCAGUUUUCCUGCCCUUCUGGCCCCGCAGCUGCUACAUGGGGGCGCCCUGGCGGGGGCCUUCCUGGCUCUCUUUGUGGCACGCCUGGAGCUGUGCGACCCCCCGCACCGCCUGGUGUUCUCCAUGGGCGCUGGCCUCUUCUCAGUGGUGGGCACCCUGCUGCUGCCCAGGCUGGCCUUGCUGGCUCAGGACUGGUGCCUUCUGCAGGGGCUGAGCACCCUGGUGAUGGGCAUCUUGCUGCUCUUUUGGGGGGAGGGGGCACUGGCCUCAGCCACCACCGUGGGGAGGAGUCAAGGGAAGGAGGAGGGAGCAGCUUGGGGACCAUGGCCACUUCCCCCUUCCACUGCAGGUUCCCAGCCCUGUUCCACGGGGUAGCCUGCCCAAGCCAGGAAGAUCCUGUGACACUUUGCAGAGGCCAGCGGCAUGGACCCAGAGGACAACUCCCCGGAAGAGAACUCCCUGGCAACAGAGCUGGACCUGUUGUCAGCAGGGAGUUCUCAGCCCCAGUACUACUCAGUCCUUGAGCUCCUGCACACCCAGGUCACCUGGAGAAACGGCCUCAUCCUGGGCUUCAGUUCGCUGUUCAGUGGGGGCAUCCGUGCCAGCUUCCUCCGUGGCCUGGUCCCCAAGGAGCCAUCCUUCUACCUGUCCUACUUCCUGGCAGCUGGCAUGGACACGACAGCAGUUGUCAUCCUGCUUCUGACUGCAGAUCGCUGGGGUCGCUGCCCUGUCCUGCUGCUGGGCACCCUGGCCACCAGCCUGGCAUCCCUGCUGCUUGUCUCUGGGACCUGGUACCUGCCCCUCUGGACCACGCUGUUGCUCUCUGUCCUGGGGCUCCUGGCCUCCCAGGCCGUGUCUGCCCUCAGCCACCUCUUUGCUGCAGAGGUCUUCCCUACCAUCAUCAGGGGGGCCGGGAUGGGCCUGGUGCUGGGUGCUGGGUUCCUGGGCCAGGCGGCUGCACCCCUAGCCGAUAUGCACGCCCGGCACAGCUUCUUCCUCCAGCACGUUGUCUUUGCCUCCUUUGUGGUCCUCGCCCUGCUCUGCAUCCUGCUGCUGCCUGAGAGCCAUGGCCGUAGGCUGCCCCAGAUGCUGCAGGAUGCUGAGGCCCUCUGCUGUACCCCAUUCUUCAGGGGCCGCUGCCUCUGCUGUGGCCCCCCAGCCUGCACUAGGCUGACCAUGCCCCCUAGAUGCACUAUUCCUGCCUGGUGGUCCCCUUGA